AUGGGGUCUUGCAUUAGCAAAUUCAAACCCAAGAGAGAGAACCAGCAAGUCUUUAACCAUGUCCAAGACAAGCUUGUAAUCUCACAACCUCCAAUCUCUUCUACUUCUCUUUCUUCAACUAAACAACCUCUCUCUCCGACUAAAUCUCCUGCAUCUACUUCUUCAGUUUCUUCGUUUUCAUGCACGAAUAGUAACACUAGCAGCUCAUUGUCACUGUCAUCUUCAAGUAUAUGCUCCAAGGAGAGAUCGUUCUCCAACGAGUUCUUGUGGUCUUGUGUUAAGAAAAACCCACAUAUAAUUCGCAUUGAUCAAAUCAAGGGAAGUCUCCAAAAGCCAGUUCCAACCAAGGCUCAAGUCCAAAAACCUAGUGUAGCACGGGUGAAACAGUCAAUAGAGUCAAUUCCGCCAAGGCGAGUCACUUCAACAACGCAGAAGAGAAGUUGCGCAAAUUCACCUACUCUUACGCGAAAGAAGAGCUUUAGGAGAGAGCCUGAGAGGCCUAAUUCAACAUAUUAUCUUCCAAGUAGAGCUUUGAGGUCUCCAUCUCCGAGUCGAAGAUCUAGUGGAGGCUUGACAAAUUCAGCUAAGGAAAGUUGUUGCAAAAGUCGGGCUGCAUCCAAGGCAAAUGCAAUGAAUUCAGGCUUGUCAUUGAUGAAAAAGGAAAAUGUUAGGCCAGCAAGUCCGAUCAACAAUUCAAGUAGGCAUCGCACGUGUUUGAUGGACAGAGAGAUGUGCACUUAUCGGAUUGGUUCAAGGAUUGAUGAAAUUGUGGUUGGAAAAGUACUUUCUAACCAAGAUAUCGAAGCUAUUCCCAUGGAAGAUAUUGAUAAUCCUCUCAUUGCCUUGGAUUGUUUCAUUUUUCUGUGA